CCAAGCUAUCUCGGCGCAGACAAAGCUGCCUUCCCUCACCAUACCCAGCCCUCCUCCACCACCACUCCUGCUGUUUCUACUACCACCUCCACCGCUGCCGCCGUUGCCAGCCUUGUCCGCUCCCUCCGCCCUUCCUCUAGACACCGUUCCCUCUUCAAUCAUGGGACAAGAAGGUGCAGAUCCACGGAUGAUGUCCGUCAAGCCCAGGAUACGAUACAACACCAUUGGAGGCGUCAAUGGCCCGCUCGUCAUCCUGGAAAAUGUCAAAUUCCCUAGGUACAAUGAGAUUGUGUCUUUGACUCUGCCCGACGGCAGCGUGAGGUCCGGUCAGGUCCUCGAGGCAAGAGGAAACAGAGCCGUCGUUCAGGUGUUCGAAGGCACGUCUGGCAUCGACGUGAAGAAGACCAAGGUCGAGUUCUCGGGCCACAGCUUGAAGCUGGGUGUGUCUGAGGACAUGUUGGGUCGCAUCUUCGACGGUUCAGGCCGAGCCAUCGACAAGGGCCCCAAGGUUUUGGCAGAGGAUUACCUCGACAUCAAUGGCAGUCCUAUCAACCCUUACUCCAGGGUAUACCCCGAAGAGAUGAUUGCAACAGGCAUCUCCACCAUUGACACGAUGAACUCGAUCGCCCGUGGUCAGAAGAUACCCAUUUUCUCUGCCGCUGGUCUUCCGCACAACGAAAUCGCCGCCCAAAUUUGCCGACAGGCUGGUCUGGUCGCGAAGCCUACAAAGGAUGUACAUGACGGCCACGAGGAAAACUUCUCCAUUGUAUUCGGUGCUAUGGGUGUAAACUUGGAAACCAGCAGAUUCUUUACCCGUGACUUCGAGGAGAACGGCAGCAUGGAGCGUGUCACGUUGUUCCUGAACUUGGCCAACGAUCCUACCAUUGAACGUAUUAUCACCCCUCGUCUUGCCCUCACCACGGCCGAAUACUAUGCCUACCAGCUGGAGAAACAUGUCCUCGUCAUUUUGACAGAUCUGUCCUCGUACUGCGAUGCAUUGCGUGAGGUCUCUGCCGCCCGAGAAGAAGUGCCUGGUCGUCGUGGUUAUCCAGGUUACAUGUACACGGAUCUGUCCACCAUCUACGAGCGUGCAGGUCGUGUUGAAGGACGCAACGGCUCCAUCACCCAGAUUCCCAUUCUAACCAUGCCCAACGAUGACAUUACCCACCCAAUCCCCGAUCUGACAGGUUACAUCACUGAAGGACAGAUUUUUGUCGACCGUGGACUGUAUAACAAGGGUAUAUACCCACCAAUCAACGUCCUUCCGUCUCUCUCCCGUCUUAUGAAGUCUGCCAUCGGCGAAGGCCGCACUCGGAAGGACCACGGCGAUGUCUCCAACCAGCUAUAUGCUAAAUACGCCAUUGGUCGAGACGCCGCUGCCAUGAAGGCAGUCGUUGGCGAGGAGGCUCUUUCCUCAGAGGACAAGUUGUCGCUGGAGUUCCUAGAUAAAUUUGAGAAGACGUUCGUCACACAAGGCGCGUACGAACAACGAACCAUAUUUGAGAGCUUGGACCUUGCAUGGCAGCUUCUCAGAAUUUAUCCGAAGGAGCUGCUUAACAGAAUCCCAGCCAAAGUGUUGGACAGCUAUUAUCAGCGAAAGCGGGAAGAGAAGAAGGAGACGAGAAAGGCGAACAAGGACACUAGAGACAACGAAGGCGAAGCAAGCGAGAACUUGGUUGACAUUUAGACGCAUCCCGUCUCCUCUUCGCGGAUGCUAAAUUGGACAUGGAUGACUAGAACGUGUAGGAUUGUAGAUAUGGGGGCACUUGGUCUUUUUUGCAGGCGCCAUGUAUGUUCCGUAUACCUAGCAGCACGUCACAGCAAGACGGAGAUUUGAACAUUGCCACAAGUUUUUUUUCUCGUGCGCUGCGCACUCGUUUUUAUUUCCUUUUCCGUCCAGCGACGGAAACACAACCCAGCAACGCAAGGAUAUCUGGGGCUUCAGUAUGAAACGAGCACAGCGCAAACUUGAAGUAGAUAAAGACAUGAAUCAGGG